AUGAUAAAUAGUAAUGAAGUUUCUCCUGUUAAAAUGUCUAAUUGUAAUAAUUGCUGUUUAAAUACAAGAGUAGAAAUAGGACAUUAUGAAAUCGAUAUUGAAAGAAGAGUCGAUGAUAAAUAUCACAUUAAAACCAUUGGAGCAAGAGGUUUUCUUGGCUGAGGAUCCAUAAGCAGCAUUGCUCAAAUUGAAAUGUUUCUAGGAACUAAUCAACAAAGAGCGGUAACUUAUAGAGUUGAUUGUAGAUUAGCGUAUGCAGAGCACUUGGCUGAAGUAUUUGAAUUAAUUGGAGAUGAUGCUUAUAGAAAUCUAGGAUUUAUAUUAAAGCAAUUCGUAUAAUAUAUUACCUACCUAUUUGUUAGGUUCAUGAUUCCUAUUCAAUCUAAUUAUCUAUUAUUCGGUAGUUGCCAAUUCUAGUAGAACAAAUUAAGAAACGAUAAUCCGGGUAUGCAGAAUUGAAAGAUCAUGUUCUGCCAUUUAUGAGCAUCUUUCUCCAGCAUUAGGACGUGGAUGUAUAAUAAUCCCAUAAUUAUUAGAUCAAAAAGGAAGUCCUAACUCAAUUACUUAAAAUAGCACCCUUUUUGAUCGAAUCAGACAAAGUGGAUAUAAUUUUAGCACAUUUGAUCGAAAUGGCUCACGAUGAGAAAAAUAACUAAAAUCGUAUGUUGGCAGCUGAGACAUUUGGUAAGUGUGCAUCUCUCUUCUCUAUGAAAUAUUGUGAGUCGUAUAUUUGCGGAGAACUAUUGUCUCUUGGGAUAGAUUUAAAUGAAUUCGUAAGAGAAAAAGCUAUAGAACAAUUACCAAAUUUAUCAGUAAGUCUCUCUCAAAAAUGCAUAGAACUCAAAAUUGUACCCUUCUUUCUUUAGUAAUAUCAUAUCUCUAAAUAUUCCUUAGAUCUUGCGAAGAAAGACUUUUGCAGAUUAAAAAUGCUUGCAUCAGGUCCAUCUCAGGUAUUUGCAAAUAUGCUAGACAUGACUUAAAGACCUCCAAAUUAAUACCAAAGUAUUUGGAAUUUUUUUGUGAUCAAAAUAAAGAUGUCAGAAAAACAGCAUAUGAAUAUUUAGGCGAGUUCAUCAGUACAAUCAAAUUCACUGAGAAGGAUUAGCAAUAACUCGAAACCCUAUUGGCAUAUUACUAGAAUUAAUUGGAUAAAAAUAUCAAUAUGAUGGGUGUUGAUGUAAGAGCAUUUUGUAUUUUAGCUCGUUUAUAAAUGUGCCUUCUAUUUCCCAGGAGUUCUACAAGCAAUAAGUCGAAAUCGUUGGCAUAUGAUUCAACCUCUAUAUGGAUUCCUUCUAAAAUAUCCCUCAGAUGUAAUUAUAUCUCUAGUUUAGAAAGUCAAAAUUUCCUUAGCUCAUAGUUUUCAUGAAGUGGCCAAAUUGUUGGGUCCCGAUUUAUCCAAAGAACAUUUGAUCACUGUACUAGAAACAUUAGCAUAAGAUAAAUUGCAAGAAGUCAGAAAUGGCAUAGUAUUAAAUCUGUCAAAAUUUAUAUCCAUCUUCCCUAUAGAGGAAAGAGAUUAUGUCAUUGAUCUAUUACUCAAUUUUUAGAAAGACUAGCAUAAAUGGCGAACUCGUCAGAUUAUUUGUACUUCUAUAUUCCCAAUCACAAGAUGCUUUAAUAACGAUACUAUCUUCUUUCACAUUGCUCCAAUUCUAUUCAAGUUUUGUUCAGAUACAGUUGCAAAAGUAAGAAGGAAGGCUUCUAAAAAUGUUGUACAUUUAGUUGAGACCUUUGAGGAAGAAGGAGAAUAAAGAACUGUCAUUCUUGAAUAGAUUAGGGCUUUUUCACAUUCCAAAAGAUUCAAUUAGAGACAAUCAUAUUGUUGGAUGUGUUAUAAGUUAUUUUACAGACCAGAUUUUGAAGAUCUAUUUUUUGAAAGACUCUUUGAACUAUGUAGAGACCCUGUUUAAUGUGUGAGGUUAUCAGCUAUCAUUGUCAUUGAUAAAUUUAUUUAAAAGGUAGGUUUCUCUAAGGAACGCAAAUAUUUGAAAUAUCUAUUGAUUCAAUUUAUUGAUGAUUAAUGCUAAGAAAUUUAGUUAAUUCUGACUAAAUAUAAUUUUGUGAUCCAAAAAACUAAGAAAAAGACAUUAUCAUGCAGAUCACGUAAUAGUGGAUCUUCAAAUGGUCAUUUGGAAGACAUUCCAGAAUUUGAUGAAAAAAUUGAACAGAUUCGUAAAUCAUCUGGUAAAGUUUGA